ACACCAACAGGUGUCGCCAGUAUGGUGUUGAAAUUUAUUUCUCUUCCAGUCCGGCAUCAGUUUCAAAAUUAACUGGAGUGAUUACGGAGUACCUUCACCUCCACGAAGGAGAGAGAGAGAGCUCGCAUUCUGGCAACACCCGAACAAAAUCGAAAAGAGACCGGCCAGUAUCGAUCGCGCAGUUCAAUCGGAUGGUUCCACCCCCAAAUUCGAAGAAGUUAGUUAUAGCGGAAUAACUCGGAAUAGUUCGUUAUCGAAGUGCUUACAGGAUCAGCUAGUUGACUGUCGUCAAAAACCACCGGAAACCGGAACCUCAUUUCGCCACGGAGUCACACUUAACUAAACCGGCACCACCAUGAUGCAAGGAACGGUCGUAACGGUACCAACGCCAACACCUGCUCCUAAUCCCGUCGCGUCGGAAUCAGCCCGGCUCCGAUUCAACGUGGGAUACUUCACCAGGGUGUCCGGGGUGCUGAAGCUGAUUCAAAUAGUCUUCGGCAUCAUCUGUAUGGCCUGUGCAACCCCAACAAUUCCUGGCACCGGGUGGUUCAUGUUUGUGGCGGUCACCUCGUUCGUCUGUACGGUACUGUGGACCUUCAUGCACCUGUUCGGCAUUCGGGAGGUGCUGAGUACGACAUUCAAGUGGGGAGCAACGGAAUUUUUCAUGACCGCCUUUCUGGCUUUGCUUUACUUUAUAGCGUUCAUCGCACAGUUGGCGCUGUGGGCUAACAUAUACGAUGAUCCCAACAGGAGUAGAAAUCUGGCCGCUGGGUCGUUCGGAAUAUUCAACUUUUUGGCGUAUGUGGCUGGAACUUACUUCCUGUAUGUGGAUUAUAGAUAGGAUGUCAGCAUUGUUACCUCAGUAUCAUGGUGCAUUUAUGAUGUAGUUCCAAUCGAAGACACAGAAUCCGAUUGCAGAGAUUGAAUGGAUUCUCCUCUAUCUUACAGGUCAGGAACGUCUUUUUUAAAUUUUAAGGAAUGUAAUGAGUAUUAUCGAAUAUUACCGCUUAUAUUUAAAACGAUUUGAGAGUACGAAUAACAUUUCAACCAUUUUCGAAAUAUGUAGAGAAUUACCAUCCUUGAGAAAAUUAAAGGCCCUUAAGAAGACAGCUUCAAUUCCUCCAGUCGUAGAAAAAUUAGUUAAUAAUUCUUCAAAUGCACAACCCAAAUAAGCGUUGAAUUGCCAAUGAACAGUCCAUCGAAGUUAAGGCUUCCCUCGAUCGAGUCAUAAAUCUUAAAGGGGUUUAAUUAUUGCAACACUGUCAACUUCAAAUUAGGCAGACUGGACGAAAUACUUUGAAGUCGUAGAGUAAAAUGCGCGACAGUAGUGAU